CCCGCCCCGCACACGGCACCGGAAGUGGCAGGCCGGGAUCAGCUUUUAAGAUGGCGUCUCCUCAGGGGGGCCAGAUUGCGAUCGCGAUGAGGCUUCGGAACCAGCUCCAGUCAGUGUACAAGAUGGACCCGCUACGGAACGAGGAGGAGGUCCGAGUGAAGAUCAAAGACCUAAAUGAGCACAUCGUCUGCUGCCUGUGUGCCGGCUACUUCGUUGAUGCCACCACCAUCACAGAGUGUCUUCAUACUUUCUGCAAGAGUUGUAUUGUGAAGUACCUCCAAACCAGCAAGUACUGCCCCAUGUGCAACAUCAAGAUCCAUGAGACACAGCCCCUGCUCAACCUCAAACUGGACCGAGUCAUGCAGGACAUCGUGUACAAGCUAGUGCCUGGCUUGCAGGACAGUGAAGAGAAGCGGAUUCGAGAAUUCUACCAGUCCCGAGGCUUGGACCGGGUCACCCAGCCCAGCGGAGAAGAGCCAGCCCUGAGCAAUCUUGGCCUCCCCUUCAGCAGCUUUGACCACUCUAAGGCCCACUACUAUCGCUAUGAUGAGCAGCUGAGCCUAUGCCUGGAGCGGCUGAGUUCUGGCAAAGACAAGAAUAAAAGCGUCCUGCAGAACAAAUACAUCAGAUGUUCCGUUAGAGCCGAGGUUCGCCAUCUCCGGAGGGUCCUGUGUCACCGCUUGUUGCUAAAUCCCCAGCAUGUCCAGCUUCUUUUUGACAAUGAAGUUCUCCCUGAUCACAUGACCAUGAAGCAGAUAUGGCUGUCCCGCUGGUUCGGAAAGUGUCCCACCACACACUCAUGCUUUGUCCUGCAUCCUGCUUCCCUCCGAUAUUCUCUGAGUUUCAUGGUCAAGGAGGGCCUCUGCUCUGUGUCCCUGGCCCCUCAGCUGUUGCCGAAGGAGCAGUCCAUACACGUGUGAAACUCAAGGUGAGCUCAUGAAGCUAGGCUACCCACACCAGCUCUUUGGUGACAGGAAGGCUUUCUGGAAGGAAGCUCUCACUGUCCUUGAAUGCUGCACCUAUGCUGUGGGGCCUGAGUGGGUGUGUCCUAAUCCCAGGGUGGUGAGAGGGGAGCUAGGGUUGGACAGUGGCUGCUGCAGGAAUGAAUCAAAAACCAAACUUGUUGCUGUCAAGUCAAUUCCGACUCAUAGUGACCCUACAGGACAGAGCAGAACUGCCCCAUAGGGCAUCCAAAGAGGCACUGCUGGAUUCAAACUGCCAACCUUUUGGUUAGCAGCUGAGCUCUUAAAGUGCUGUACCACUAGGAAUGAAAGAGUGAUAUCUUAAAAAUCCAACGAAUUGCACUAUGAUUCUAUGACAUGGUACAUGAAAAAGAGAAAUUUAAAUAACAGAUGGGAGCAGGAAGGCCCAGGGUAGUUGGAGGCCUGGCAGUUUAUAUAGUAUUCACUGGGUGGCCCUAUAGAGGGGCUAGGUGAAUCCAGGGUGAGGAGAGGGUCGUUGAGAAAGAGAGGGAACUAGUGUCAAGAGGACAGCAAAGGCAGCUCCAAGGAACAAGGAGAAAGCAGCCAGGGAGGAGCUCCCUUGAGUAAUUCAGCAAACAUUUCUGGUCUGUAUGAGACGGCCAUGCACUGGACACAAGGAAUAAACCCAGUGGAUGUCUUUGCUCUGUGGGCCUCUCAGCCAGUGAGAUAGCCAUAAACUCGCCCAACUGGGGCAGUAACAGGGGGAAGCCUAAGCAGGGAGUUUCAAAAUGAAGUGAAGGAGGCUGCUGCCGAAUUCGGGACAAGCAGGAUGGCGCCGGCAGCAUAAAAGUCGCCAGAACCCGAGUUUAAAGCCUAAAUCUCAAGUUGAUGGAAGUAAAACUCUACGGCGCCAAAACUAGGCGGUCAUUGUGUGUGAUGGACCCUGGGAGGCAGUGGACUGGGGG